UGUCUUAGCAGAUAAAUGGAAGUCAGAUUUCCAUUGACUAAAAUUAAAGAUACUGGACCAAUGGGAUGGCUUAAAGGGCGAAGGUGCUUCUGGCAAGCUUGAUAAUCUCCGUUUGACCCCCACAUCCCAUAAGGUGGAAGAAGCCAGCCAGCUCCUGAAGCCAGCCCUUCAUCUCCACAGGGCGUGAAGACUCUCCCCUUUCUCCCGUGUUUUCACCCGAAACUUCUCCUUGGAUAAUUGUCAUCUCAGAAGAAGUGAGCCUGGGUUGGACAUCCUCAUCUGGGUCAACUAAAAAAAAGCAAGCAUGCAAGACGACAGCAUAGAAGCAUCUACUUCCAUCUCUCAGCUUCUCAGAGAAAGCUAUCUGGCUGAAACCAGACAUCGCGGGGACAACGAGCGGAGUCGAGCGGAACCUUCCUCCAACCCUUUCCACUUCGGCAGUCCUUCCGGGGCUGCCGAAGGAGGAGGGCAAGAGGACCUUCCGGAUCUGUCGGCCUUCCUAAGCCAAGAAGAGCUGGAUGAGAGUGUCAAUCUGGCGAGGCUGGCCAUCAACCACGACCCUCUGGAGAGAGUGGAUGAAGCUCAAGCUAGGAAACGUCUGUCUUCUGACAAGACGAAGCUUUCGCCCAAACCAAGCUUCGAACCUGCCUUCUGCCAGGAUAGCCCUCGAGGUCCUGGCAGCUCAAAAGACAGUCCCCCGGAGACAAAGAGGCCACAGUACAGUUCUGAAAGCCAGUCCAAGAAAGUCUUCCUAAACAAGGCCGCCGACUUCAUCGAAGAGCUGUCCUCCCUUUUCAAGGCUCACAGCUCCAAGAGGAUCAGACCUCGGGCCUGCAAAAACCACAAGAGCAAGCAGGAAUCUCAAAACAAAGUCCUGCAGGAAAACAGCCCCGCUUUCUCAGAUCUGACAGAGAGGCGGGAAAGAGCAUCGGUCCCCAUCCCUAUCCCUGCAGACAGCAGGGACAACGAGCUGAACCACGCGAUAGAACAGCGGGAAGCUAAGAGGCGGGAGGCUGAGUUGGCUGCGGGUGAGGCUGCUGCUGGAGACAGCACCCCGGGGUCUUCACCUUCAUCCCUGUACUACGAAGAACCUCUGGGGCAGCCUCCCCGCUUCACACAAAAGUUACGGAGCCGAGAAGUUCCGGAAGGAAGCCGAGUCCAGUUGGAUUGCAUAGUGGUAGGAAUUCCACCGCCCCAAGUAAGGUGGUAUUGUGAAGGCAAAGAGCUCGAAAAUUCCCCAGACAUCCACAUCGUGCAGGCCGGAAACCUGCACUCGCUGACCAUCGCCGAAGCCUUUGAGGAGGACACAGGACGAUACUCGUGCUUUGCUUCCAACAUCUACGGGACAGACUCAACUUCUGCUGAGAUUUACAUAGAAGGAGUUUCUUCCUCUGACUCAGAAGGGGACCCUAACAAAGAAGAGAUGAAUCGAAUCCAGAAGCCAAAUGAGUUGUCAUCUCCUCCCACUACCUCUGCAGCCAUUCCUCCAGUAGCCCAAGGCCAGCCCAGAGUGUCCACCGUCCAGCAGUGUCAGAGUCCCACCAGCUAUUUGCAGGGACUGGAUGGGAAGCCUAUCAUUGCGGCUCCAGUGUUUACAAAGAUGCUACAGAACCUGUCAGCCUCUGAGGGACAGCUGGUUGUCUUUGAGUGCCGGGUAAAAGGAGCCCCGUCCCCGAAAGUCGAAUGGUACCGAGAAGGAACCUUAAUAGAAGACUCUCCAGACUUCAGGAUCUUACAGAAGAAACCUCGGUCCAUGGCAGAGCCAGAGGAGAUCUGCACUUUGGUCAUUGCUGAGGUGUUUUCGGAAGAUUCCGGAUGCUUCACCUGCACCGCAAGCAACAAAUACGGCACCGUGUCCAGCAUCGCCCAGUUGGACGUGAGAGGAAAUGAAGACCUCAGUGAUAACGGGGUUCUUCACUCCACCAACUCAACUACCACCCUGGCUGUGGCUGAGCAACAGCCCGCCCCACCCAACCCAGAGCCACGUUCUGAGGAACAGCCCCCAAAGCCGAAGCUUGAAGGGGUCCUGGUGAACCAUAACGAGCCCCGCUCCAGCUCCAGGAUGGGGCUACGGGUGCACUUCAACCUACCCGAGGAUGACAGAGACAGCGAGGCUUCCUCUGGCAGUGGAGCGGCCAACGCCAGCCACACUAGGCCCAACUCCUUCCCUGAGAAGUUCAACGGACAGGAAACCAGGACCCCAGAGCCUUCCUCACCUGUCAAAGAGCCCCCUCCGGUCCUGGCUAAACCCAAACUACCACCCCAGGGUCUGAUGAAGAAAACCACAAAGGCUUCUCCGGCAAUGAGUGACGAUUACAUCCUGGAGACUAAGAACUCAGUGAUUCUAGACUUGGGAAAGAAAGUGAAUUUCAGUGAUCUCAGAUCACACCAGCAGGAAUAUAAAAUUUCGAGCUUUGAGCAGAGGCUGAUGAAUGAGAUAGAGUUCCGCUUGGAGCGCACGCCCGUGGAUGAAUCAGACGAGGAGAUCCAGCACGAUGAAAUCCCCACGGGCAAGUGCAUCGCACCCGUCUUCGACAAAAGACUCAAGCACUUCCGGGUGAUGGAAGGCUCUCCGGUCACCUUCACCUGCAAAAUUGUCGGGAUCCCGGUUCCAAAGGUUUAUUGGUUCAAAGAUGGGAAACAGAUCUCUAAGAGAAGUGAGCACUGCAGAAUGAGGCGAGAAGGAGACGGGACCUGCUCCCUGCACAUCGAAUCCACCAACAGUGACGAUGACGGCAACUACACCAUCAUGGCGGCCAACCCCCAGGGGAGAAUCAGCUGUUCUGGCCACUUGAUGGUACAGAGUUUGCCCAUUCGAAACAGACUCAGCCCUGCUGGUCAGUCUCACAGGGGAAGGGCCAGAAUGCAAGAGAGAGACAAGGAGCCUCUACAGGAGCGCUUUUUCCGGCCACAUUUCCUGCAGGCCCCGGGUGACAUGGUGGCUCACGAGGGCCGUCUCUGCCGGCUGGACUGUAAGGUGAGUGGCUUACCGCCCCCAGAGCUGACGUGGCUGCUCAAUGGGCGGCCCGUGCUACCAGAUGCCUCCCACAAGAUGCUGGUCAGAGAGACGGGGGUCCAUUCUCUGCUCAUCGACCCGCUCACGCAACGCGACGCAGGGACCUAUACGUGUGUGGCUACCAACAAAACCGGGCAGAAUUCCUUUAGUUUGGAGCUCACCGUAGUAGCCAAAGAGGUGAAGAAAGCACCCAUGAUCCUGGAGAAACUCCAAAACAGUGGUGUUCCCGAGGGCCACCCGGUGAGACUGGAGUGUCGCGUCGUAGGCAUGCCCCCACCCGUGUUCUACUGGAAGAAAGACAACGAGACCAUCCCUUUCAGUAGGGAGAGGAUCAGCAUGCACCAGGACACAACGGGCUAUGUCUGCCUCCUCAUCCAGCCAGCCAAGAAAUCUGACGCCGGCUGGUAUACCCUGUCAGCCAAGAAUGAAGCUGGCAUUGUGUCCUGCACAGCUAGGUUGGAUAUAUAUGCUCAGUGGCACCAGCAGAUCCCGCCACCCAUGUCCAUCCGUCCCAGUGGCAGCCGCUACGGGUCUCUCAGCAGCAAAGGACUGGACAUCUUCUCUGCCUUCUCCUCCAUGGAGAGCACGAUGGUGUACUCCUGCACUUCUCGGAGCGUGGUGGAGAGCGAUGAACUUUAAGGAUGUCUCCGUGCCUGCUGUAUGAGAGGGUGGACUGUGGAGGGGAAGGAAGACCGGUCAUAGGCAGUGGUUUCCAAACAGCCGCAUUUGAGUGAGUUCCCAUCCUGCUGGACCCGUGGCAGGAAGUGUUUUAAGUAAGUUGGCCCAGGCUUUUUGAGCCUUGGCUGAGGGAGAGUUUAGGGCUGUGCAUCUUAGAGAUGCAAGUAGACAAUUCUCACAAACCAAAGAUACCACACCACUGCCACCGCGGCCUGAGGGAGGGGGGAGCGAGCGUGCUUCCCCACGCCGCAUGUAAGGGACAUUAGGCCCAACUAGGAGCAAUUAGGAGCCAUAGCCAGGGCUGAGAGAAGUUAGUGACUUUAGAAUAGAUGCAAAAGAGAAAGCUGGGGAGCCCAUCAUCACCUUUCAUGGGUUACACAUACCCACAGCGGUCAUCUUGGUGAAUUUGCUAGAUGAGUUCCCACUUAUUAACAUUAGAGGAUCUUGCCAUACACCUCUCCGCCCAAGUGGUGAGACUCUUCACUUGCAUAUCCUGCCUGUGCAGUCACAGAAGCCAAAACAUGCCUGAGAUUUAAAAGCAAAAAACAAACAAAACCAACCAGGACACUCAAGAUUUCACAGUGCACUCGUUACGUGGUCAAAACAAGGCUCCCACCAGCCUGUCUGCACCAUUUUAGGCAGACAGUCACACCCACACCCACCCCCAGUGCCUAGAUUGGCACCGGGCACAACGGAGACUUCAACAGACAUCUGCUGGGGAUGACGUACUCAGCUCUCUGCCAUUCUAAGGCCAAUCCAAACAUGGCCCCGAGAGUGUCUGUCACGGCAUCUGCUUCAGGCAAGCCUGGGAUAUGAACUGGGGGUGUCUGUUUCCAAAUCCCCAUGCUCAGAUCUCUGGUGUUCUCUGUGCCAGGUCCCCCUCCGCUGGGAAUUUUUAGCUGGAGAUGGUAAUUGCUUUAGAAAGGCUUGAGACCUUCUUUGCUUCAAGGCAAGGAUUUGCAGUAUAAAAAUAAAUGAA